UCUUCUCCUUUGCUCAUGCAAGCUCCUUCACUCGCUCCUCAUCCGGCUGGUCGCCUGGUCCUUCUCCUCUUUCUGCUUCCUGCUGCUCUGGUGACGAGGGUUUAGGAGACAAGUUUGUCUUAAGAGAGUUCUAUGGCGGGGUUUUCAUCCUCCAAUGAUGAAGAGAGGCAUUGUCCCAAGCUGGAUGCUGAGAGGAACCGGUUUGGAGAGAAGAUUAGGCAUCUUAUUGAAUAUGAUAAGAAGCAUGAGCUUGUGGAGCUGCUAAAAAGCCAAUCUGAUAUAGCUGAGGAGUGUUUUGACAGAAAAGGCCUUCCACUGUCAUCCUUCAUUUUAACGCACUGCCUUCAGUUUCGUGCACUUAAUUGUACAGAAGCAUUAUUUGAAGGGGAGACUGGUGUGACCCUGAAUUUAGAUGAACUUGGAGUAUCCCCACUCCAUACGGCAGCGGCAUUAUUAUGGCCUAAAUUCACCAAAUAUUGUCUAAAAUGUGGUUGGUGUGCUGAUGCGAAAGUUCCCAACCGUGGAACAGAUUAUGACGGUCUACUGCCUAUAGAUUAUGCUCUUUUUGCAGUAAGGAGGAGGGUUUACUGGACUCAAGAGCAAUCGCUGUACCUGUUGAUUUGUGAACUUACUGGAGAGGGAAUGAUUGAGGCCACUCAAACUAUGAGGUUGCUCAUAGAAAAGAUGUCUGAAUCAAAUGUUUCUGAAGUCAUAUGUCGUUAUGGAGCAGAAGCAAAAAUAAUAGAGUUGGCCACAUUGCUUAUACUGUCCACAGAUAGAAAAUAUAUCAGGGUUGACGAUCUUUACAUGCCCAGUAGUUAUGUUUCCUCAGUGGACCGGAUGACCUUGCGCCAAUUCGUUGUCAAUGAGAUUGUGAUGCUUGAAAACAAGUUGCAUAAUCUUGUGCUGGUUGACAGCUACAGUUUGGCGAAGUGCAAGGAAAUGAAGAAAUCAAUGAUGUCUAUACUAAUGUUACUUGAGAUUUUUCAAAGGACUCAUCGUCUGAUUGCAAUUGCUGUUAGUAUGGCAGAGCAAACUUUUCCCUCAACAGCUGCUGGUAUUGGACGUGUGUUUGAAGACUCAGGCUUCAAAUUGAGCGGCCAAGAGACUUCAUAUCUUUUUAAACCAUUAAAAUUGGAUAUACCAGAACUUAGAAUGCAACCUAGCUCAGAAGAGCAGCUUCCUGGACUCCACUCUUAUUUCAGGUCUGGCUUACCAGAGCUAGAUUCCUUUGAGACAAUGCCUAAUUUUGGGUGGGAUGAAAGUGAUCCUGAGCAUCAGAAACUGCUUCCAAUGCGUGCUGCAAUUGAAAAGUUAUGUUCUGGUGCAAAUAUAUCGCAGUGGACACCGAAGGAAUCAACUUUGAAGUUAGUUAUCAUGCUUUUCCUUCUGAAAAUGAAAGAAACUUGGGAGACUGCUAGCUCACUUGCACAGAACUUAGAGAAGAUCAAUGAGAUUUCUUGCUGCUAUGCUAAGGAGGGUAAACUGAUUGAGUUGUCCAUCGUACUCUUGGUGGCAAGGGAGAAAGUCAUGCGCCCAAUUGUCUUUCAGAUUAGGGGUGAGAAAUGUAUGAGGUCCAUGACACUUCUACAGUUCAUCAACAGCGAAUUGGCUCAAGCAAUUGAUCUAGAGUGCAGAUUAACUGGACGAAAGACAAAGCUAGAAGAAGAGUUGGACAAGCUAUGCAAACAAAGGAAGUUGAAUAUGAUGUCUGCUCUUGAACUGCUUGAAAUUUUUGAGAAGGCUGGUACUGCCCUUCAAAAAUAUUUUUGGUCAGAGAGAGGAAAUGUGCAAAGAGAAAAAGUUAUCAAAGAUGUCUGCAUGCUGCUAUCAGAAGCUGGUUUUGACUUAAAAGAAGAAGAAAUUGAACUACAUGACACAGUUGACAGCUCGAUUGAGGUUGAACAACAGAACGAGGCAUUACAAGACCCACACAAGAGUUCUGAUGUGUUACAAGAUCUAAGCAAGAUUGAUGAAAUGGCUACUGAAAGAGGAUGUCAAAGGCAACACCUUACAAGACAAUCUUACGUGCUGCCAUGUGGUUUUGUUGAGUCAUAUGCUACAUGUGGUAGGCCCAAUGACAUGAGAAACUUUCUUUUUGCACGAUAUCCAAGGGAGUGCUUGAAUUUGCCAUCUGGUGCCCAGUCAUUUCGUGCAUUUUGGACUUCCAAAGACAGUAAAGCCAGGUAUUGUACCAGCAUUCCAAAAGCAUUUGGGGUUCAAGUGGAACCUGUGAGAGGAGUCAAUUGGCUCGUGCAGAAACUUCCAGCCAGCAAGCGUUUUGCCUCCGUUGCAUUAGCAGCCAAGAAACUCAUAAGACGAGCCUCAUAGAAUGCUAAACGGAAGAAUUUGCGUGGUUAUGGUGGGUUAUAGUGGAUUCCAAGGCAUCAUCAAAGUGAUUGCAGAGAGCUGGUUAUGGAGAGUGGGUAGAUUGUUUCUUGCCUGAUAUAAGAUGCAGUUGACUUUCUGCUUAAAAUAUUAGUACUCUGCGUAUCUGUAGGAGUUGAAUUAUUUGAGGAUUUAAGGUGCUGUUUCAUUUUGUUGGUGUUUUCUUAUUUUGCCCCCUCAGUUAGAGGUGGCAAAUCAACCCACUUAAUUAAAUUUAUCCAUACCCGUCCAUGAAUAGAUGGGUAUGGAUAUCUUAAAUUUUUAUAUAUGGGUAUAAAUGGAUUACUCAAUAAUACCCAUUUAAUAAAUGGGUAUUAUUGGGUAACCCAUAAAACCCAAUUAACCCA